CACACAGAGAAGCCAUGAAGAUCUUCAUCUUCUUUGCUUUCCUGGGAGCUGCUGUUGCUUUCCCUGCUGGUGGUGAUGAUGAUGACAAGAUCAUUGGAGGCUAUGCCUGUCCAAAACAUUCCAUUCCUUACCAAGUGUCCUUGAAUGACGGCUAUGGCCAUCAGUGUGGUGGCUCCCUCAUCAGUGACCAAUGGGUACUGUCUGCAGCUCACUGCUAUAAGGGAAGGAGCCUUCAGGUUCGCCUCGGAGAACACAAUAUUCAUGUGCUUGAGGGUGGUGAGCAAUUCAUUGAUCCAGAAAAGAUAAUCCGCCAUCCAAAGUACAACAAGACCACUGUCGACAAUGACAUCCUGCUGAUUAAACUGAAGUCACCUGCCACCCUCAACUCUCAAGUGUCCACAAUCUCUCUGCCUACAUCCUGCCCAUCUACAGGUGCUCAGUGCCUUGUGUCUGGCUGGGGAAACACUGUGAACCUUGGAGGCAAAUACCCAGAAAUCCUUCAGUGUCUGGAAGCCCCUGUUCUUUCUGCCAGUUCGUGCAGAAAUUCCUACCCAGGCAAGAUCACCAACAACAUGUUCUGCCUCGGCUUCCUGGAGGGUGGAAAGGACUCCUGUGAUGUGAGUGUUCUUUGAGUUCUUCCCCAAAACUUGCAGUCUAUUCUCUUCUGUAUAUUUUUCCUGGCUGAGAGGCCUGUACAUUUGUCUGGAAGAUUUCAUGUUGGAAUAC